AUGAAUUGUAGCAACAGUAGUACAGAGCGUGAGAAAUCUGAAAGUCAAGGAUGUGAAAACGCCGAAGGACACUUUGCAGUCGUUAAAGUUUGCGUUUUGGGCUGUAUCUUUGUGUUUGCCGCGUGUGGAAAUUUGUUCCUUCUACACGCACUUUGGAUGAAACGCAAAAGAAACACGAGGACGCAGCUCUUUCUUCUCCAUCUCUGUUUUGCCGAUCUUGUAGUGGCUUUCUUUCAAGUGCUGCCGCAGCUGUCCAUGGAAAUAACUCACCGUUUCAAGGGCUCCGAUUUUGUAUGCAGAGCUGUGAAGUACCUUCAAGUCGUCGGAAUGUUUGCCUCAACUUACAUGAUAGUUGCAAUGACCAUCGACCGUUACAACGCGGUUUGCAGACCCAUGGUGUCCUUCUUCAGAGGCUCUUUUCGUAGAUAUGUAGCCAUAGGGGCAGCGUGGCUGAUAGCUCUCGUUUUCAGCACCCCGCAACUGUUCAUUUUUUCUCUGCAAAAAGUUGAACAUUUGAUCGACUGUUGGGCUACAUUUAUCGAACCAUGGGGAAGUAAAAUAUACAUUACUUGGAUUACUUUAUCCGUCUUUGUUUUUCCGGCUUUAAUAUUACUUUUUUGUCAGAUAAAAAUUUGCGCAGAGAUUUAUUUGAAUAUGAAAAGAAAAGCAUUGCAAUCGGAAAAAAACGAAGGACGAACGUCCACAAAGGGCAUUUCAAGUGCAAUGUUAAAGACCGUAAAAAUGACGUUCGUAAUCAUUCUUGUAUACACGAUAUGCUGGAGUCCGUUCUUCGUUGUCCAGCUGUGGUCCGUGUGGAGUCCCAGCAGUGCGCCAACUGAAGGUCCAGCAUUUGUCAUAAUCAUGCUGCUAGCCAGUCUCAACAGCUGCACCAAUCCGUGGAUUUACCUGUACUACAGCUAG